AACUAACUGACAUUUCCGCAAACACACACAGAAAAGAAGAAGGCUUCAAAAAUCGCUUAAUUUCGGAAAAAAUGGCUCUAACAACGAGGCAGCGGCGCUCCUCGCCGCCGGAUCUCCAGACGGCGCCGUCCCCUUCUCCCUACUCCAAGGUCGACAAGCCGGAUAAGUCAGCCGGCCACGACGACCAGAGGCUGGGUUGGUUCCUGCCGCUUUUGUCGCUGUCAGUGCUGCGCUACAUGAGCGCCUCAUCUAACAUCAUUCACGACUGCGAUGAGGUCUUCAAUUACUGGGAGCCUCUCCAUUUCCUACUCUACAAGACCGGCUUCCAAACUUGGGAAUACAGCUCCCAGUUUGCGUUGAGGUCUUACUUAUAUAUUAUUUUCCAUAACUUGGUUGGUUAUCCGGCUGCUUGGUGGUUUGGAGAAGAAAAGGUGAGAGUCUUUUAUGCCGUGAGGAUUUUUCUUGCUAUUCUGUCUGUCAUUGCGGAUGCUGCCCUUGUUGUGGCCCUUUCUAGAAAGUAUGGGAAACGUCUUGCUUCGUAUACACUGGCAAUGCUAUGCUUGGCUAGCGGUUGUUUUUUCGCUAGCACUAGUUUCCUUCCAAGUUCGUUCUCUAUGUAUGCGAUGUCUCUAUCAUCAGCACUUUAUCUUUUUGAGAAACCCGCAGCUGCAGUUUUAAGUGCUGCCACUGGAGUUAUUCUUGGUUGGCCAUUCUCAGUCCUGGCAUUUCUUCCACUUACAACUUUCUCCCUCAAGAAAAGGUUUAAACAUGCAUUUUUGUCUGGUGUCAUCACUUCUCUUUUUCUUGUGGCACUAUCGGCCAUUGUUGACCACUACUACUACGGAAAGUGGACGUCAUCCGUUCUCAAUCUAUUGAUAUAUAAUGUUUUAGGUGGUGGAGAGAGCCACUUAUAUGGUACUGAAGGGCCACUGUUUUACCUGAAGAAUGGGUUCAAUAACUUCAACUUUUGUUUCAUCCUUGCUCUUCUGUUCAUUGUGAUCCUUCCCAUUGUAAAGAAAAAGUAUGCUCCAGAUUUGUUAGUCAUCAUCUCACCUGUGUAUAUCUGGCUGGCUUUUAUGUCUUUACAGCCGCACAAGGAAGAGAGAUUCCUUUAUCCAAUAUACCCUCUUAUUUGUGUUGCUGCUUCAGCUGUCAUUGACAGCCUUCCUGAUUUAUUUCGGGAUAAGUACAAUCCAAAUGAUCCUUCUAUUCUUGUUAUGGUAGCAAAAACGUUGAGGCCUUUGGUUCUUGGACUCAUUUUAUGUGCCUCUCAUUCUAGGACAUUUUCUUUAAUCAAUGGUUAUUCAGCUCCUGUGGAGAUUUACAAACAUUUGGAACACUACGAUGAUGUUGGGGAAGGUUCGGUCCUGUGCGUUGGAAGUGAAUGGCACAGAUUCCCAUCAUCUUUUUUUGUCCCCGAGUACAUCGGACAGGUGAAAUGGAUAGAUGACGGGUUCCGAGGUCUUCUCCCUCUCCCGUUCAACGCUACCUUAGGUGGCACAUCUGCUGCUCCGCCCUAUUUCAACAACAAGAACCUGGCUUCAGAUCAACAAUAUCUCCAAGAUAUAGACAAAUGCGAUUUCCUUGUAGAGUUGCAUCUCGAAAGACCUUACAUUCCUCGUGGGAGUGACUUGAAUACAUGGGAGGUUAUGGCAGCGAUGCAUUACCUGGAUCGCGAAAUGUCACCUCCCAAGUACCGGUCAUUCUUUAUCCCAUACCUCUGGCAGCAGAAUAAUGUCUUCGGUUUGUACAAACUACUGAAGAGAAUACCAAAAUGAUAGCCACGUAAACAGUCUCCAAGUCACUGCAACGACUAUAUUAUGAGCAGACCAUCCACCGAUUCAUGCUAAUUUUGUUUUGUCCUUGCUACAGGAAUGGCAAUAGCUUCCAUCAGAUUUGCUGAUAGUAGAUUUUCUUGUUGGUCUCUGUCUCUCUAACUCUAGUCGGUUGAUGUCUGAAGAGGAUAUAGUCUUUUACCUUGCCUAUGGUUUUACUUUUACACUUAUGUCAUCAUCAUAUGGAAUAGAAGGGGAAUGGAAUGUCAAUUUCUACUUCCAUUUCACUCCUCUACUUGAUACUCCGUUUCAUUUAGGAAGGAGUGGGUAUUCGGUUAAUCAGUUAUAGCUUAA